AGUUGUUAAAGUCCACACAAUGCGCUUAAACUUUAUCUUGUUCAACAGAUUCUGUAGCACAUGAAACACUUGAAAUAUGGAAGAGUCACUUCUCUGGGCACUUUGCUCAUUUCGUCUGCUAUUCAUUCACUGAUUCGACAUUUUAUGAUCGAUUACUAUCUGCUUGGCAAGGUGCUAGAAACAGGAAUACUAAGAAAAAGGUCAAGGUUCCUGUCCUCAAGGCCCUCUCUCUCAGUCCAGUGUUGUCAAGGCUUGAUGGAACACACCAGUGGCAAACAAGCACGACGGGCCUUAUUUCACCGGUGUGCGGUCCUUCUUCCAGCUCGGAAAUUAUGUCUAUCCAAACAUCCUAAAUCAACAAAUCAGUUUUUCUAAAUCAUACAACUGCAGCUAACAAACUGGGAAUAAGGCUUCGAUUAUUCUGACUUGAUUUAAAACGAUGACUGCUGAUUCUUUGCCCUGCGAAUCCUUUCUUUGACUACUAAGUUAAGCUUUACACACCUCACUUGCAAGAGGCUAUGCUGGCUUUCUGGAAAUCCGUAAUUAAGUUCAGUGUUUGUGGGAUGGAGUGUAAUUAACGACCAUUAAUUACAGAGUUUCAUUCGUGAGAACUUGCCAGGCUAAGUAGCAGAAACACGAGAAACUGAUAAAAAGCUUUCCUCGUUUUUAAACAAAAGUCGCACGGAAGUUCCCGGCGGGACAAGGGAACGUGGGCUGUCCUUGCUACUCCCGUGGACGCGGGUGGAUUGGGACGCUGGACCGUGUCUCCCCGCCCCCGCCCCUCCUCCGGUGCUCAGCCUGAGGCCUUCGUCCAGGAGCGCUGCCGCUGACCCAGGCUCAGGAGCUGAGGGCUCCGGCACAGACGCCCAGGUCUCGGGACAGGCGGCGACUGCACUCACGGAAGUGCGCUGAGCUCUCCCCUGUAGAAGGGCGCCUCUCCUCCCCCACUUCCUCCUCCAGCUCCACGGCAGCCUCCCGGGCCGGCUCCUCCUCCUUCCAGGUCUCCUCCCAGUGCCGCCGCGGCUCUCAGGCCCGAGGUGCGGCGCUCACCCCGGCAGUCCCCAGCCUGAGACGCUGCGUGGAGCGUUGGAGCCGGAGGGAAGCAAGGGGCCGUCUGCGCUGCUGUCCCCGCCCCGUGCGCUCUGCGCCCCUAGUCCCUGGCGGUCGCUCCGAAGCUCAGCCCUCUUCCCUGCCCCGGAGCUGUCCCGGGCUAGCCGAGAAGAGAGCGGCCGGCAAGUUCGGGCGCGCGCAGACGGCGGGCCGCGGGCACUGGGCGCCUCGGUGGGGCGGGGGGAGGUGGCUACCGCUCCCGGCUUGGCGUCCCGCGCGCACUUCGGCGAUGGCUUCUCCGCCGCGGCGACGGCUGCGCCUCGGUCCCCGCGGCCUCCCGCUUCUUCUCUCGGGACUCCUGCUACCUCUGUGCCGCGCCUUCAACCUAGACGUGGACAGUCCUGCCGAAUACUCUGGCCCCGAGGGAAGUUACUUCGGCUUCGCGGUGGAUUUCUUCGUGCCCAGCGCGUCUUCCCGGAUGUUUCUUCUCGUGGGAGCUCCCAAAGCAAACACCACCCAGCCUGGGAUUGUGGAAGGAGGGCAAGUCCUCAAAUGUGACUGGUCUUCUACCCGCCGGUGCCAGCCAAUUGAAUUUGAUGCAACAGGCAACAGAGAUUAUGCCAAGGAUGAUCCAUUGGAAUUUAAGUCCCACCAGUGGUUUGGAGCAUCUGUGAGGUCGAAACAGGAUAAAAUUUUGGCCUGUGCCCCAUUGUACCAUUGGAGGACUGAGAUGAAACAGGAGCGAGAGCCUGUUGGAACAUGCUUUCUUCAAGAUGGAACAAAGACUGUUGAGUAUGCUCCAUGUAGAUCACAAGAUAUUGAUGCUGAUGGACAGGGAUUUUGUCAAGGAGGAUUCAGCAUUGAUUUUACUAAAGCUGACAGAGUACUUCUUGGUGGUCCUGGUAGCUUUUAUUGGCAAGGUCAGCUUAUUUCGGAUCAAGUGGCAGAAAUCGUAUCUAAAUAUGACCCCAAUGUUUACAGCAUCAAGUAUAAUAACCAAUUAGCAACUCGGACUGCACAAGCUAUUUUCGAUGACAGUUAUUUGGGUUACUCUGUGGCUGUCGGAGAUUUCAAUGGUGAUGGCAUAGAUGACUUUGUUUCAGGAGUUCCAAGAGCAGCAAGGACUUUGGGAAUGGUUUAUAUUUAUGAUGGGAAGAACAUGUCCUCCUUAUACAAUUUUACUGGCGAGCAGAUGGCUGCAUAUUUCGGAUUUUCUGUAGCUGCCACUGACAUUAAUGGAGAUGAUUAUGCAGAUGUGUUUAUUGGAGCACCUCUCUUCAUGGAUCGUGGCUCUGAUGGCAAACUCCAAGAGGUGGGGCAGGUCUCAGUGUCUCUACAGAGAGCUUCAGGAGACUUCCAGACGACAAAGCUGAAUGGGUUUGAGGUCUUUGCACGGUUUGGCAGUGCCAUAGCUCCUUUGGGAGAUCUGGACCAGGAUGGGUUCAAUGAUAUUGCAAUUGCUGCUCCAUAUGGGGGUGAAGAUAAAAAAGGAAUUGUUUAUAUCUUCAAUGGAAGAUCAACAGGCUUGAACGCAGUCCCAUCUCAAAUCCUUGAAGGGCAGUGGGCUGCUAGAAGCAUGCCACCAAGCUUUGGCUAUUCAAUGAAAGGAGCCACAGAUAUAGACAAAAAUGGAUAUCCAGACUUAAUUGUAGGAGCUUUUGGUGUAGAUCGAGCUAUCUUAUACAGGGCCAGACCAGUUAUCACUGUAAAUGCUGGUCUUGAAGUGUACCCUAGCAUUUUAAAUCAAGACAAUAAAACCUGCUCACUGCCUGGAACAGCUCUCAAAGUUUCCUGUUUUAAUGUUAGGUUCUGCUUAAAGGCAGAUGGCAAAGGAGUACUUCCCAGGAAACUUAAUUUCCAGGUGGAACUUCUUUUGGAUAAACUCAAGCAAAAGGGAGCAAUUCGACGAGCACUGUUUCUCUACAGCAGGUCCCCAGGUCACUCCAAGAACAUGACUAUUUCAAGGGGGGGACUGAUGCAGUGUGAGGAAUUGAUAGCUUAUCUGCGGGAUGAAUCCGAAUUUAGAGACAAACUCACUCCAAUUACUAUUUUUAUGGAAUAUCGGUUGGAUUAUAGAACAGCUGCUGAUACAACAGGCUUGCAACCCAUUCUUAACCAGUUCACGCCUGCUAACAUUAGUCGACAGGCUCACAUUCUACUUGACUGUGGUGAAGACAAUGUCUGUAAACCCAAGCUGGAAGUUUCUGUAGAUAGUGAUCAAAAGAAGAUCUAUAUUGGGGAUGACAACCCUCUGACAUUGAUUGUUAAGGCUCAGAAUCAAGGAGAAGGUGCCUAUGAAGCUGAGCUCAUCGUUUCCAUUCCACUGCAGGCUGAUUUCAUCGGGGUUGUCCGAAACAGUGAAGCCUUAGCAAGACUUUCCUGUGCAUUUAAGACAGAAAACCAAACUCGCCAGGUGGUAUGUGACCUUGGAAACCCAAUGAAGGCUGGAACUCAACUCUUAGCUGGUCUUCGUUUCAGUGUGCAUCAGCAGUCAGAGAUGGAUACUUCUGUGAAAUUUGACUUACAAAUCCAAAGCUCAAAUCUAUUUGACAAAGUAAGCCCAGUUGUAUCUCACAAAGUUGACCUUGCUGUUUUAGCUGCAGUUGAGAUAAGAGGAGUCUCAAGUCCUGAUCAUAUCUUUCUUCCGAUUCCAAACUGGGAGCACAAGGAGAACCCUGAGACUGAAGAAGAUGUUGGGCCAGUUGUUCAGCACAUCUAUGAGCUGAGAAACAAUGGUCCAAGUUCAUUCAGCAAGGCAAUGCUCCAUCUUCAGUGGCCUUACAAAUAUAAUAACAACACUCUGUUGUAUAUCCUUCAUUAUGAUAUUGAUGGACCAAUGAACUGCACUUCAGAUAUGGAGAUCAACCCUUUGAGAAUUAAGAUCUCAUCUUUACAAACAACUGAAAAGAAUGACACGGUUGCUGGGCAAGGUGAGCGGGACCAUCUCAUCACUAAGCGGGAUCUUGCCCUCAGUGAAGGAGAUAUUCACACUUUGGGUUGUGGAGUCGCUCAGUGCUUGAAGAUUGUCUGCCAAGUUGGGAGAUUAGACAGAGGAAAGAGUGCGAUCUUGUACGUAAAGUCGUUACUGUGGACUGAGACUUUUAUGAAUAAAGAAAAUCAGAAUCAUUCCUAUUCUCUGAAGUCAUCUGCUUCAUUUAAUGUCAUAGAGUUUCCUUAUAAGAAUCUUCCAAUUGAGGAUAUCACCAACUCCACAUUGGUUACCACUAAUGUCACCUGGGGCAUUCAGCCAGCGCCCAUGCCUGUGCCUGUGUGGGUGAUCAUUUUAGCAGUUCUAGCAGGAUUGUUGCUACUGGCCGUUUUGGUAUUUGUAAUGUACAGGAUGGGCUUUUUUAAACGGGUCCGGCCACCUCAAGAAGAACAAGAAAGAGAACAGCUUCAACCUCAUGAAAAUGGUGAAGGAAACUCAGAAACUUAACUGCAGUUUUUAAGUUAUGCUACAUCUUGACCCACUAGAAUUAGCAACUUUAUUAUAGAUUUAAACUUUCUUCAUGAGGAGUAAAAAUCCAAGGCUUUACUGCUGAUAGUGCUAAUUGGCAUUAACCACAAAAUGAGAAUUAUAUUUGUCAACCUUGUCCUUAUAAAUAAGUUCAGACAUACAUUUAAUAACAGAGGGUGACUUGUGUUUUUAGGUAUUUAAAUAAUAAAAUUUCAAGGGAUAGUUUUCAUUCAGUGUAUAUAAGACAGGUAGUGCCUGAUUUACUACUUUAUAUAAAAUAGUACCUCCUUCAGUUACUGUUUCUGAUUUAAUGUACGGAACUUUAUUUGUUGUUGUUGUUGUUGUUGUUUUAAAGCAGUCCAAAUUUGGACCUUAGCAAUCAUGUCUUUUGUAUAGGUACUUAAUGUUAAUACAUAUUACACUACAGUUUACUUUUCAGGAUACUAAAGACUUUAUAACUGCAUGAACUUGGAUUUUUUUAAUCACUUAUAUGGUAGAAUUUUAUAAACACAUACGUGAUACCAUCAAAAUUCUUGCUUUUAAUAACAAAGGUACAAUAUUGUGUUUUAAUAUGAAAAUCUGGUAGAUCCUAUUACACUUUUGUUUAUAUUAAAUCCACAAUAUUUUAUUACAUCUUUAACUUGUAUAAAUUUUAUGUCAAAUCCUUCAAGCCAACCUAUACUAAAAAUUAGUUCCAUAAUCACAAAUGCCUCUUUUGUGUAAUUGUUUAAUUUCACCCAAAUAUCAUAAUGCUUAAAGCCAUGUGGAGUUGGAAAUUAUUUCCAAAGCAUAUUUAUUCCAUUGUUUUAGUCUGGCUAUUUACAGUACAAAAAAAGCAGUUUUAUUAAAAUACUGUGUAGUUCUUUGAGAUAGUUGCUUAUGCAUAUAGUAAGUAUUACAUUCUUAGAGUAGAGCAGAGUUUUUAGUUAGUAUUAAUUUAUUUUCCUCCAUUCAUGUACUUUUCAUUAUAUUUCCAAAACUGUUACUGAGAAUGGGUCAAGAUCAAUGAGAAAUCUUUACAGUUGACAGGAACCUGGACCCCUUACCCCAACCUUAUGAGUAAUGCUUGGAAUAAAAACUCUUAAGGCAACUCGCUGAUUUACUUCUAGCAAUAGCAUGAUGUUAUGGGAAUAUUACCUCUGUUUAAGCAAGGUAAUGUGUAAAAUCAGUCUCAGCUAUCAGAAUAACUUCUAAAAGGUAUUUUUAUAAGCAGUUCAAGUUAUUGAAAACCUUUUAAAGCUUUCUGAAGUUUGUUAGUAUAAAUUACUUUUCUAGGAUUAUUAAUAAAAGCCACAUAGGUGGCAAGUUGUAGUUUUAUAUGGCUCUGUAGAGUGGGGAACCUUCUAGAGGAAUAUAUGAUUUAUUCACAGUUCCUCAAGGCCUGGGGAUGAUGAUCAGUUAUACCUAUUUUUGUGCAAUUACAUCAUGUUGUGCAUUAGAAAUGGAGAGUUUAAUAGCUCUUUAACUGCUGUCCUCAUUAGUAAUGAUAAAUAUUUCCCUUAAAUAAUUGACUAUUUUGCUGUGUUUUAAAAAUGAUUGAAAUUUAUCUUGCCAUAUCUCGUAAUUUCAUGCACAAGUUGACUGAGCUAAUCUUGAGAAUAUAUUCGUAAAAUAGGAGCACAUUUAGUUGAGGUAUACAAGGUAGGACUCUAGACAAGACUCUCUAUUUUAGCUUUAGUGAAUUUCAAAAGUAAUGGGUCUUGGAGUAUAGAUUUUUAUUAGUAGCUUGAAAGAGCUUAAUCAUAUGCAGUAAGUAUUUUUAUUACCAAUAAAUUUAAAAUUUUUUGAGAAAAAUAUUUUUAUCCUAGGGCCAAGUGUUGCCUGCCACCAAUCAGUAAGUUAGUCUAUAGCAAAUUUUACCUUAACAGUUUUACCACCUAGUAACAGUCAUUUCUGAAAAUAUGUUGGAUAGAAAGUCACUCUUUGACAAAAGUAUUAGAAUUUGCUUUUCUGCCAUCUGUUCCUUUUAUGGCAUCUAUCUUGAAAGUAAUCUUGUAUUGGAGAUUGAAAGAUGCUGUAAUUUGGAAAUUAACAUGAUUUCUUAAAUUACCUUUAUGAAAUAUAGUUUUGUAUAAUAGCAUAGAUUUUCCUUCAAAAAAUGAACAUUUAUAUAUCUACAAAAAUAUGGAGAAGUGUAAUUUGAAAGCCUACUUUCUGAAGAAAAUGAUGGGUUUUUUUUAUCAUGAUUAAAUAUCAAAAAAUUGCCCUAUGAAAACUUUAAAUCUCUAAAACAUUUGAAAUACUACCAUAUUUGUGAUUUAUUGAGAAUAAAAAUCCAUUUUGAAAUGUAAAAUUCUUAUGAUCUGAUUCAGUUUUAAGAAAACAUGAACGAACUAGAAGAUAUUAAAAACAUUUGACAUUGGUAAGAAAUAUUGAUACUGAUAUUGAUUUUUAUAUAGGUAUUUAUUUCAGAAUUGAUAUUUUGAGAAAAAUACAUGUGAGUCAUUUUUUCUUUUUCUCUUUUCUCUUAACGAUUAUCACUGUAAUUCUGAAUCUGGAAGGUAAAACAAUUAGUCAAAAUAUUAUUGCUGUCAUUCUACCUGUGUUAUGAAACUAUUUAUUCAUAGUUAAUUCUCAUUAACACUUACAGUUCCAUAAAGAAAACUCAAGUAUUAGUAAAAGAGACUUUACUGGCUUAAGAGGGCUGUGAAAGAUUUUUGAUAGUGAAUCAUGACCCUAAGGGAGAGAUUUGUGUGAUGAAAGUAUUGUAUAUAAUAGAUCAGCGAUUUUUGUAAGGCAAACAGAAUUUGUAAGUUGGUAGAUCUUCCUAAGUUGCAAAAUGUAAUAAUGAUGAGCUUGGUGGAGAAGAAUGAGUCGUUCUUGGAAUACCUGUGUGCAGCCACUACCCAUCUCAGUGUCACCUUGUUUGUAUUCUUGGAUAGCUUGUAUAUGUAGUAGUUUGAUGAAUAAUUUAAAGAAAAACACCUAAAAUUUGAAAAAUGAUUGUAGGAUCAAAAAAGGUAGAUGAAAUUACUUAAUACUCGUGUUUUGGAGAGUACUCCUUUUAGUUUGUUGGUUGGCUGGUUUGAACAAUAGAAAUAUGCAGCAUGCAAUAUAUGCGUAUAUUUCGUUUUAAUUUCUGAUAUAUAAUGAACUUCUUGGGAGAGGUACUGAAUCUUUGAUGCUUUUUGUCAUUGUUCUCAAGUGCAAUAUAACAAUGUAACCAAAUCUAGAUAAUUUCAAAGUCGUCGUUAAUUUAGUAAGCCUAAUAUAAACAAAUAUGUGUAUUAUUUUUGUUAGCAGGAGUGAUUAAGUGAGGUUAUUUACCCCUAAAUGGCCCAUUCUGCAUUGUAUUUCAGGCUGGAAAUGAAUUAUUCUUUACCAGUUUUGAAACCCUUUGAAAUAUCCUAAGGUAACUUGGAAGCUGUGUAGUAUAUCAAAUUAAUUUGCUACCUAAUAACACAGAAAGUAAAUAUCUUUGUGGUCACCCACAUUGGGUGAGACAGAAAAUGAAUCUGUUCUAAAAUUUGUAAUUUGCUAACUUGAGUUAGUGAAAACUGGUACAGUGUUCUGCUUGAUUUCCAACAUGUAACUUGUGACUGUACAAUAAACAUAAGCAUAUGGUGCCA